GCCGCCGCAGCCGGCAGCGGGGCGUCAUUCGCGGCUCCCGGGGCCCUCGCAGGGAGCAACCGCACUCUCCCGAGCCCGUGCUUUCGCCUGCGCCGGCCAGUCCCACGCCGCGUGGCCCGCUGGCCGGAUCUGGCUGACCAGCUUGCCCUCCGGUCUGACCCGAGGCUCCCGAGCCGCCGCAGGGACUCUCCCACACGACCCUGCUGGGGCCGGCUGCGCCUGUAAGGACUCCGUGGUUGAUGUCACCCGGCGGAGGGCUGCGAUGGAGGGGGAUGCCUCAGACUCUCAGGUGACUAUUAAGAAUAUCGAAAAGGAGCUUAUUUGCCCAGCAUGCAAGGAACUGUUUACACACCCGCUGAUCCUUCCCUGCCAGCACAGCGUCUGCCAUAAGUGUGUGAAAGAACUUUUACUGUCUCUUGAUGACUCAUUCAACGAUGUGGCGUCAGACAGCUCUAAUCAGAGCAGCCCCCGACUCCGGCUCACCUCCCCUAGCAUGGAUAAAAUUGACAAGAUUAACAGACCAGGCUGGAAGCGUAACUCACUGACCCCGAGAACAACCACGUUCCCUUGUCCUGGCUGUGAGCAUGAUGUGGAUCUUGGAGAACGAGGAGUCAGUGGUCUGUUUCGAAAUUUCACUUUGGAAACAAUUGUGGAGAGAUACCGGCAGGCCGCUAGGGCAGCCACAGCCAUUAUGUGUGACCUGUGUAAACCACCACCCCAGGAAUCUACAAAGAGCUGCAUGGAUUGCAGUGCAAGCUACUGCAAUGAAUGCUUCAAAAUUUAUCAUCCCUGGGGCACUGUAAAAGCCCAGCAUGAGUAUGUGGGCCCCACUACUAACUUCAGACCCAAGAUUUUAAUGUGCCCAGAACAUGAGACAGAGAGAAUAAACAUGUACUGUGAACUGUGCAGAAGGCCGGUUUGCCACCUCUGUAAGUUGGGUGGGAAUCAUUCCAAUCACCGGGUAACCACCAUGAGCAGUGCCUACAAAACCUUAAAGGAGAAACUUUCAAAAGACAUUGAUUACCUUAUUGGUAAGGAAAGCCAGGUGAAAAGUCAAAUUUCUGAACUAAACUUGCUAAUGAAAGAAACAGAGUGCAACGGAGAGAGGGCGAAGGAAGAAGCGCUGGCACAUUUUGAAAAGCUCUUUGAAAUCCUGGAAGACAGGAAGUCGUCUGUUCUGAAAGCCAUCGAUGCCUCUAAGAAACUAAGACUGGACAAAUUCCACACUCAAAUGGAAGAGUACCAAGGCCUUCUAGAGAAUAACGGGCUUGUGGGAUACGCUCAGGAAGUGCUGAAGGAGACGGAUCAGUCUUGCUUUGUGCAGACGGCGAAGCAGCUCCAUCUCAGAAUACAGAAAGCUACAGAAUCCCUGAAGAGCUUCAGACCUGCAGCCCAGGCUUCUUUUGAAGACUAUGUCGUUAACAUAUCGAAACAAACAGAGGUGCUUGGAGAAUUGUCCUUUUUCUCCAGUGGCAUAGACAUUCCUGAAAUCAACGAGGAACAGAGUAAAGUGUACAAUAAUGCCUUGAUAGACUGGCGCCAUCCAGAAAAGGACAAAGCCGACAGCUAUGUUCUCGAAUACCGCAGGAUUAACAGAGACGAAGAAAUGAUAUCAUGGAAUGAGAUAGAAGUUCACGGCACAAGUAAAGUCGUCUCCAACCUUGAAAGCAACAGUCCCUAUGCGUUCCGCGUGAGAGCUUACAGGGGUUCUAUCUGCAGCCCCUGCAGCAGAGAACUGAUUCUGCAUACUCCUCCAGCUCCAGUUUUCAGUUUCCUGUUUGAUGAGAAGUGUGGCUACAAUACUGAGCAUCUCUUGCUGAACCUGAAGCGAGACCGUGUGGAGAGCAGAGCGGGCUUCAACGUCCUCCUGGCUGCGGACCGCAUCCAAGUGGGCCAUUACACAAGCUUAGAUUACAUCAUCGGAGAUGUGGGAAUCACGAAGGGUAAACACUUCUGGGCCUGCCGCGUGGAACCGUAUUCAUACCUGGUGAAAGUGGGAGUUGCUUCCAGUGACAAACUGCAAGAGUGGCUGCGCUCUCCCCGGGACGCAGCUAGUCCAAGAUACGAACAGGACAGUGGGCAUGACAGCGGAAGUGAGGACGCCUGUUUUGAUUCUUCACAACCGUUUACAUUAGUUACUAUAGGCAUGAAGAAAUUUUUUAUACCCAAGUCACCUACUUCUUCUAAUGAACCCGAAAACAGAGUUCUCCCCAUGCCAACCAGUAUAGGGAUUUUCCUCGACUGUGAUAAAGGCAAAGUGAGCUUCUAUGAUAUGGACCACAUGAAAUGCCUGUAUGAGCGCCAGGUGGAUUGUUCGCAUACCAUGUAUCCAGCAUUUGCUUUAAUGGGCAGUGGAGGAAUUCAGCUUGAGGAAACCAUCACAGCGAAGUAUCUGGAAUAUGAAGAGGACGUGUAGCUUGGACCCCCACGUGACGAGGAUAAGAACUGUGAACAAAGCCAUGCCUUGGUGUUAUAACUAAUUACAUAUCAUUUACGUCUCUGUCACCACACCUGUUUGUACUGUGUGAUUCAUUGUUUUGUCUUGUCCUGCUUUGACACACAGGGUUUUUCUGUGUAGUCUAGGCUGGUCUCAAACUGUUCUGUUAUAGCCUCUGGAGGGCUGGGAUUAUAGGCAGUCACCACCAUACCCAGCUAGUGUAUGAUUCUUAAAACUCAGAAGGACUUCACAACCUUGUCUCUUGCAUGUCAUGGUCAUACCUUUUACAAAUUGUGGGAGUGGAGACUUUCUAUCUUAACUAGUCUGUGAUAGAUAACUUUACAAUGGAAGUCCUCCUCUUUGGGCACAGGGACUCUAAUUGAUGUAAGUCAGCUAUGGUGGGAUUAUUCAUGUCCCUUUGUUUGGGGGCUGGGGUGGGAUACAAAGUAUUUAUUGUGGUUCUUUGUGCUUGUUUUUUUCUUUUCUUUUCAUUUUGUAUCAUGUUCAUGUCCAAAGAUAAGAUAUUUUUUAAAUGCUUAUUGAUAGAAAUUAGUACUAAGCCAUGUGUCUUGCAUUUGAUGGUAAUAGGAAAAUAAAUUUAUAGAUAGGUAAAUGAUGAAGGCCAUAAAAUGGUGUAUAUUUAAGUAGAAAAUUACAUAUUUUAAAGUGUGUAACUACUGAGCGUAUAUUGCCUGGCAAAUGAAUACUGCUUUUUUCCCUGUAGACCACAGACUGUAUUGGUAAGGACAUCUCUAAGAGUGUCCUUGUAGUACUGCCCAUUGUCUGGCACAUGUGACAAGCAUUGUUUCUUAUAGGAAACACAGGGUUCUUGAACCCGUGCAACUUUUCACUACAAUAUAAUUUUUUUCCAGGAAAUUUUAUCUUCAAAUUUUCUUACUUUAGAAAAUAUUCUUAUUUAUAGCAAAGGAUUAUUUUUCAGAGGUACUAGGGAGGAUGGACUGAUAAUGAACACCUGUCUUUUUGUGUCUUGUGAAUUUUAUGGUUUUGGUACAUAUGUUUUCUGGCUUUUGUUUACAAUCUGAGAAGUUCACUGUCCAUCUUCAGCAGCAUUGAAAUACCAGACAUGUUACAUGUUACUACUGUCCAGCUGGAUGGCAUGAAAUACCAGACAUGUUACAUGUUACCACUGUCCAGCUGGAUGGCAUUGAAAUACCAGACAUGUUACAUGUUACUACUGUCCAGCUGGAUGGCAUUAUUUGUGGGCUCACUGUGGGUCAUAAGCAUUUGUAGUGUGAAUCAGUAAAAUACAUGAUUCCUUAGAAAUAAUAGUGAAAAUCACAAGGAUGUGUCUAGUCAGUUUUUAUACCUUUUCUACACUGGAUAUUAAUUUCUGUAAGAUUAUCUUCCAGUUAUUUGAAUUUUCUUUCUAAAAGUUAAAAUGUCCAGACACUAAGACUUACAUGUUUUCAGCACUGAUCAGGUAUGGAAUGUUAACAUUUUAAUAGCAUAACCAAAGCUGCUUAUUUUAUUUGAUUAUUUUUAAUGGAAGCCUGUUAGGCCAAUCACACUGCGUCUGACCCAGUACUGACUGACACACCCUUACGCUCCUGUAGAAAGGUCUGGAGGAUUUGUGUUUAGUGACUGUCCUUCCCUCCCAUUUAUAUCUAGCACUUUAUGACAUAGGAAACGGAGAGAAUGUGCAGUGUUACCUCGGUCAUUGUGCAAUAAAGCUGCUAAGGUCUCCACGCGUGUGGGUUAGUGCGGUACUCAAUACUCUGUAAGCACAUGUCCUGUAGACAUUUUAAAACUUAAAGCUUUAACAGGAGUUAGAGAAAGAAGCUGUCCAAACACUGUAUCACGGUAUAGAAAUUGCUUAGUGGAAUUUCAUUUUUUAAUAAUAAAUAAGUAAGUAAAGGGAAGCCAAGUGUAGUUAUUCAAAUCUGCACUCUAGGGGGUUUUACUCUGCAUUGUGGGAAACGAAAGAAACCACUUACUUUAUAAGAUGCUUUGUGGCACAUGUUCAUUUUUUUUUUAAUUAAAAAAGGUUUAUUCUUAAGUA